AAUGAUUCAGUAAACAAAUCCAUCCGGUGAUGACUGGCCCAGGUGCUUGUUUCCGGGGUGAUCCUCGCAUUGUCUCAAAAGAUCAAGAGACAUGACGGACCUGUACGUGCAGCAUCUUAUGGAUGGGUUCUCUGACGAAACCGAAACGCCAGACACGUCACAGAAGGCGGACGGACGGCGGAUCCACGACUAUCUCCCCACUUCUGUACUGGUGGCAUGUCUGUGUUUCUACAUGCCUACAGGACUGCUGGCGGUCAGAUACGCCCACAAGGCUAGGCAAUCUCUACGCAAUGGAAAAGAAGAGGAAGCAGAAAGGUUCUCUCGGAACGCCUUGCUGCUUAUCCUUACAACAGUGUUCACACUCCCGAUACUGUGCUUUACUGCUUUUGUCACGUGACUUGACCUGCUUGGUGUUCAGACAUUUAGGAAAUAUUGUCUAUAUGAUCCAGUGGAGCGUAGCAGGGUCAUCAACCCAAUUGUUUGGCAAUCAAUCUGAUUGCACGUGGUUGAAAAUACGUUAGACCUAUGUAAUGAAGCUGAGAGUAUAUUCUAUUCAUUCUCUUUGUCAGUGCGACGGAUGAUAUUAUACAUGAUUUGAAUAUAUUUUAUUGUAUACAUACAUGUAUAUAUAAGAUAGACAAACAAAUGGUUCGGACACAAGUUCUGACAACUUAUGAGGUCUUUACCAAUAAAUAAAAAAAUUAUAUAAAACUUACAAAUGUUAUUACAUGAUUUAGAAUUGUUAUUGCGAUAAAUGGAAAUAAGUUAUAUAUACGAGAAUAAGAAACAUGCACAUAAACUAUAUAAAACAAAUCUAUCAGUUUCGUUGAUAUACAAUUGAACUUAUGAGAAUAAUUACUGGUUAAUAUCAAGGGAAAAUAACUCAUCGCCCCAUAGUAAAAGAUGAGUAUUAAUUAUAUGAAAGUGGUCUAGUUGUAGCAGAUUAAGAACAAAAAUAUUUCUAGCGAUAGUAUAAUUUUUCAUUUAAAGAAAAAAUGGUAAGCAUCUUCGGGUAAUUCACACCGACAAUUACUGCUUUCUAUAAUAUUUAUUUUGUGUAAAUCAUAUAUUAUCCAUAUCAACACGUUGUAUAUAAAUUAAAUUGUAUUCAUGUACAUAAACAUUUUUUUAAUGUGUUGUGAUAGUAAGGAACUUUUUAUAUAAAACAAAUAAAAACAUGAAAAUAA